UGCACAUAUGGCCAUCGCACGAGCCUGAGCCGAUGUUUGUCCAGUUUCUUUGUUUGGCCCAGUGCGUUUCCAUGACGAUCCAGUGAGGAAGAGGACUAGCGGGACCUGCCUCUCAUCUUCCUCAUCUCCGUGUGAGAAGGCAGAAGAAUGAUCGCAUCCUUAUCUAAAGGAAAUUUGCUCGAUGUGCUGCAGGAGGGCUUCAAUGAGCAACAACUGGUGGCGUAUGUGUCGUGGGUGAAUGCUCAGCUGAGGAAGAAGCCUGGUCUGAAGCCCGUGAGUGAUCUGCGGCAGGAUCUCCGAGACGGUGUGGUUCUCGCACACCUCAUCGAGAUCGUGGCUGGCGAGCUCCUUGAGGGUAUUCACUAUUCACCAAAGGACAACCAAGAGAGGAGAGAAAAUGUGGAGAAGGUUUUGCAGUUCGUGUCCUCCAAGCGGAUACGCAUGCCCCAGACAUCUGCCAGAGACAUCGUGGAAGGGAACCUCAAAUCUGCCAUGAGGCUUAUCCUGGCUCUUGCAGCACAUUUUAAGCCGUCUGCCUCAGCCAAUCACAGAGCAGGAGCUGCUUUGGGUAGAAACUCGACCAGCUCUUCAGCCAAUCACAGACCUCAUUCCACUAUGGCCAUGGCCCAGAAUGCAGCAGCAGCUCUAGCAGCUGCCCGGAACGAUGCGUCUCGCUCAGGGCGCAGCGUUCAUCAGCUCAGACAGGACUGGCACAGGCGAAGCUCCAGUGCUGAUGAAGAGAUUGAGAACCCAUGCUGGAGCGUUCGAGCUUUGGUCCAGCAGUACGAGGGUCAGGGAGGAGCCAGCGUCGAGGACGCAGAGGAAGGCGAUCCAAGCUUGAGCACCUCCAGUCCCAACCACAUGCCCAAAGACCCCACCAGCCUCUCAGAGGACAAGGGACAGCUUUUGAGUAUCCAAUUGGGACACGCCAAAGACAAUAUGACAAGUGACCCAGGAGCAUCCCAGGAGCAUGAUGGGAGGUGUGUGAGGAACUGUGCCUGGGAGGAGCAACUCUGGGAGCAGCAGGAGCAGUUAGAGAGAGAGAUGUUGGAGGCCAGGAGAAUGGUGUCCAGCCUACAGGCUUUGCUUCUCCACGGCUCGUUGCCUGACGAUGAGCAGGAGGUUUCACUAAGCUUGGGAGAGGGAGUGGAAAAUGCUGACCAACAACUGAUAAUAAUCCGCAGUCGUCUUGACCAGAGUAUGGAGGAGAGUAUGGAGCUGAAGAGGGAGCUGUUGAAGUACAAGCAGGAGGCGCGCAACCUACAAGGAGUCAAAGAUGCUCUCCAGCAACGCAUGAGCGUACAAGAGUCAUCUGUGUUGCAGCUCAAACAGGAACUCCUGCGCACCAGCAUGAACCGUGAUGAACUGGCAGGACAAAAUGCAGAGCUUCAUAAGAAGCUAGAAGAAAGGAACAGGCUUCUCGGUGAAUAUAAGAAAGAGUUGGGACAGAAGGAACGUCUGCUUCAGCAACAGCAGUUCAAACUGGAUGAAGCUCUACGCAAGCUGUCAGACAGCAACAGCCAGCAGGCUGACCUGCAGAGGGAGCUGGAGCACAAGCAGAAGAUUCUUCAGGAGAUGACUGAUCGUGACGAGGAUGAGCUGCCUGGGUCUCCGAGCAAUGGCUUCACACAUCCAGCAGUGCCAGAGCUCAGCACAGCACGAUCACACAAAGGAACGGAGGAGCUGCAGUUGGUACGGGAUGCUCUGCGCAGUCUGAGGAACAGUUUUGGAGGCCACGACCCUCAGCACCACACACUGGACACACUGGAGCAGGGCAUGGCCAGCCUUAUGGACCGCCUCUACACACUGGAGUCACGGAGCAGACAGGAGAUGAAGGCAAGGGCGAGGUCUCCAGGACACAAGGCCACUCACAUAGACAGGGAGUCCUGGCCUUCCAGCACGAAAAUGGUCCACUCUCACAGCAGCCCUAUGCUCAACUCCUCAUGCUCAACAAAAGUCCUCUACUUCACAGACCGCUCACUCACACCCUUCAUGAUCAACAUCCCUAAGAGGUUGGGAGAGAUCACCCUUCGAGAUUUUAAAGUGGCUAUAGAUCGAGAGGGCAGUUACAGAUACCAUUUUAAAGCUCUGGACCCUGAGUUUGGCACUGUGAAAGAGGAGGUGUUCCAGGACGAGGCGGUGGUGCCUGGCUGGGAGGGCAAGAUCGUAGCAUGGGUAGAGGAAGAUCAUGGUGAAGGGAGGAUCUAACAGGAAACUUGAGAAAACCCCACUGGGAUCAGAUGUGAUGGAAGGAUGAACUGUGCCAAUCUGUCAGAAUCAAUGUGUUCGUGCCGGAUGUACAGAUGCUCAGCUCUCUCACUUACUCCUCCUGUUCUGUGUGCCUCUGUCUUUCUGUCGGUGUCUAGUGAAAGCCGCAAACAGAAGGGAGAGCCAGGGGUUAAUCAGACGUACAGAACCUGUUCGUGUCCAUUCGGUUCUCAGAAAAACAGGCUCCUCGCCAAUGACUAACCUGAGGAGCUUUUCCUUAACGACUUGCCAUACUGCAGACGUGUGUAGUGUCAAAUUAGUGUUUCACUGUGACCAUAAGACCUUCCGUUUAGAGUGUGUAAAGAGCUUAUCGUCUCCUCUUGUAUUUUAUAUCUGAACAGCCAGAGAUUUGAUACUCUUUUGCAGUGGAACGACGGUUUAUGAGCAGGUGUGUGUAUAUUUCUGAUGGCAUCAAGAGUAAGUGAAAACGGUGAUGUGGAAUGUUUUUAAAGAUUUUUAGAAGGGUUUGUGUAGUUUUUUUCUGCCUUAAAAAAAAAACAAAACGAUAGAUUUUUAAACCCAAACCCAGUUCACAUUAUCUAGCUAAGAUUAUUGACAACUAUUGUCAGUGUAGUAACAAAGUCAAGCGUUGAACACACCAGCUGCCUAAAGCAUCAAGCUCUGAACGAGUUUUACAUACAGUAUGAUGUCAGCUAAACUGAUUGAUGUCAUGAGACGUGUGUAAAGUUUAACGGUGUACGCUGCCUUCAGUGAAGGCCAAGCCUGUACCAGCAAUUGAACAAUAUCUUUCCUUUUUCAUCCUCUUUGUCCGUUAGCUUUGUCAAGUUUGAGUUUUCUGGAUUGUUAUUUAGAAAAACGCGUGUUCAGAGUUCGGUCAGUCAGGAUUCUACUGUAAUGGCAGAGAAAUAAUAAGGUUUGCAACUUCCGUUUCCCAAGCACUGAGUUUACAGGACCAAAGUGAGGUUGAGAUGUUAAAGGAACAGUCCACCGUACUUCCAUAAUGAAAUAUGCUCUUAUCUGAAUUGAGACGAGCUGCUCCGUACCUCUCCGAGCUUUGCGCGACCUCCCAGUCAGUCAGACGCAGUCAGACGCGCUGUCACUCCUGUUAGCAAUGUAGCUAGGCUCAGUAUGG